GCGGAGGUGUAUAGACCAAUAACGAGGCUGAGCAUGCCUGGGAUAAUGAAAUGAAAAGGACUCGGACUAGCUCGCAGCGCGUUAAGCACUCCCCUUGCCCUCUGGCGCCUCGUGUAACCAGCGUGGGGGCGCGUCUGUGCGGGACCGGGCUGCUUCAGCGGGAGCACCGGGUGUGACGUCAGUGCAGUCCAGAAUAUGGCGUCUGUGAUGGCUUUGAAGGGAGGAAAGAAACAAAUAUGGGCCACCGGGCUGAAGAGGGAUUCUAAUACGUUUCUGUAAAGUCAGACGCGGUGAAACGCGUGCGAGGUGUGGUUAAAAAGAAGCAAAAAGCAAAAAAAGAACGAGCUCUGGGUUCGGAAAUGCACCCUUAAAAUCCAUGACAAACGAAGAAGCAGCUCUCUCGCUGAAGAGGAGUUUAGUGCGGCCGCCGCUAAGACAGGUCAUUAAUGGCAGGGGACGUGGAAGUGUUUAACUCCUCGGUUCAUGACACUAGCGUCUCGUCGGGCUUCAGGGCGCUGUACGAGGAGAGGCUGCUUCUCGACGUCACCCUUGUCAUUGAGGACCACCACUUCCAGGCUCACAAAGCCCUGCUGGCCACGCAGAGCGACUACUUCCGCAUCAUGUUCACAGCCGACAUGCGGGAGCGCGACCAGGACAAGAUCCACCUGAAGGGGCUGACGGCCACAGGCUUCAGCCGCGUGCUACAGUUCAUGUACUACGGCACCAUCGAGCUGGGCAUGGCCACGGUCCACGAGAUCCUGCAGGCCGCCAUGUACGUGCAGCUCACAGAGGUGGUUGAGUUCAGCUGCUCCUUCCUUCUGGCCAAGAUCUGCCUGGACAACUGCGCCGAGAUCAUGCGGCUGCUGGACGACUUCAGCGUGAACAUCGAGGGCGUGAGGGAGCAGCUCGACGCCUUCCUGCUGGAGAACUUCGCUCCGCUCAUGACCCGGCCGGACUUCCUGUCCUACCUGAGCUUUGAGAAGCUGAUGGCGUACCUGGACAAUGACCAGCUGAGCCGCUUCCCCGAGAUCGAGCUGUACGAGGCCGUGCAGGCCUGGCUCAGGCACGACCGCCGCCGCUGGAGACACACGGACUCCAUCAUCCAGAACGUGCGCUUCUGCCUCAUGACACCUUCCAACGUCUUCGAGAAGGUAAAGACAUCUGAGUUUUACCGCUACUCCAGGCAGCUCCGGCACGAGGUGGACCAGGCCCUGAACUAUUUCCACAGCAUCAACCAGCAGCCUCUGAUGGAGAUGAAGUCAAACCGCAUCCGCUCCCUGAAGCCCCAGACGGCCGUGUUCCGGGGCAUGAUCGGCCACAGCAUGGUGAACAGCAAGAUCUUGCUGCUGCACAAGCCCAAGGUGUGGUGGGAGCUGGAGGGGCCACAGGUGCCCCUGAGGCCGGACUGCCUGGCCAUUGUCAACAACUUUGUGUUCCUGCUGGGCGGCGAGGAGCUGGGCCCGGACGGGGAGUUCCAUGCCUCCUCGAAGGUGUUCCGCUACGACCCACGGCAGAACUCCUGGUUGAGGAUGACCGACAUGUCUGUGCCACGCUCAGAGUUCGCGGUGGGCGUGAUCGGGAAGUUCAUCUACGCGGUGGCGGGCCGGACGCGGGACGAGACCUUCUACUCCACAGAGCGCUACGACAUCACGGAGGACAAGUGGGAGUUUGUGGACCCGUAUCCCGUCAACAAGUACGGCCACGAGGGCACCGUGCUCAACAGCAAACUGUACAUCACCGGGGGCAUCACCUCCUCCUCCACCUCCAAGCAGGUGUGCGUGUUCGACCCCAGCAAGGAGGCAGCCCUGGAGCAUCGUACCCGGCGGACACAGGUGCUCACGAACUGCUGGGAGAACAAGUCCAAAAUGAACUAUGCCCGCUGCUUCCACAAAAUGAUCUCCUACAACGGGAAGCUGUAUGUCUUCGGAGGGGUUUGCGUCAUCCUUCGUGCCUCCUUCGAGUCCCAGGGCUGCCCCUCCACGGAGGUCUACAAUCCAGAAACCGAUGAGUGGACCAUCUUGGCAUCCAUGCCUAUUGGGAGGAGCGGGCACGGGGUGGCGGUGCUAGACAGGCAGAUCAUGGUUCUGGGGGGGCUGUGUUACAACGGCCAUUACAGCGACUCCAUCCUUACGUUUGACCCCGAGGACAACAAGUGGAAAGAGGACGAGUACCCGCGGAUGCCUUGUAAGCUGGACGGCUUGCAGGUGUGCAGCCUGCACUUUCCAGAUUAUGUACUGGAACACAUGCGGCGUUGUAGCUGAGAACUAGUGUCCUUGCUUUCACUGUAGCGCUUCAAGGCAUUAACAACAACGAAAAAAAAACAAACAGUGAGAAGAUAUCGUUUACAGUGAAAUCGUUUUAUGUUCUCAAAGACUGAAGUGCUCACUGGGUAGAUGAAAAUGCUAGGAAAUUCAAAAUGUUAUGUUUGGAAUGUUAUUAUUGUGGGGGAUGAAGUCUGCAUUUUAUUUUCACAAACAAAGCAGGAAUAUUCAGUUAAAUAUCCAUCCAGCUUUCUUCAGGUGCAGAGGUAUCUAAAGUUACAGUUUAAGGAAUAUCAGCCUAGUAUAGUCACAGUCUUAUCAAAAAAUCAGAGUGGGAAUUAAUUUGUGUUUUCCUUGGGCAUACAUUAGCCCUUUCUGUAAUCGAAUAUUUGAGUAUAUUUAAACAGGGCUCUGUGAAUGGCCACUAAUGUUUGCAGCAGAUCUGUAAUAAUUCUGACAGCACACUUGCCUUCAAGAAUAAGACUUGAUGGCAAAGGAGCAAAUUACAAAUACACCUGACCCCCACACUAUCUAUAUAUCUAUAUAUAUAUAUAUAUAUAUAUAUGUGUGUGUGUGUGUGUGUGUGUG